UGACGACUGACUACAAACAGUCUCAUUGAAGAUUCCAUAUCCAUAGUAAUCUUUCUUCAAAAACAUCUUACAUAAAAUUCAUUUUAAAGUCGUAGAUAAACAAACCAUUUUUUAAUGAACAUUAACGGUUCAAUGUUUAUCUAAUUACUCAAUUAAACGAGAUAAUUAGUGAUAGUGUAUUUAAAUAAUAAAUACAUUUUUAGUCAAAUCAAAAUCAUUAGGACCGAGAGGUUAUGGCCAGUUUGGAUUUUUAAACUUUCUCUUUGAAUUUUAGAAAAACCUUUAUAGAUUGUGACUAGGCAUUAUAUUAGUUCAGAAUGUUUAAGUAUUAUUUCGUAGUGUUGUGUUUCUCUUUAUAUUUUACUGUUGGAUGUUUUGAAUGUUUAACCUAUCGGCUUAAUCCAUCAGAAGCUGUGCCAAUAAACUAUGAACUCGUAAUCAAACCUGAUUUAGAUAAUGAUGUAUUUCAUGGAGAAGUCAUUAUUUACGUAGUGACUAAAGAAAAUUUAAAUGGUAUUACAUUACAUAGUGAGGAACUAAAUAUAACUGAUGUUUAUAUUAACCAAAUAAAAGGUUGUUAUGUAAAAGAAACAGAACAAAGAAUAACAGUCAAAUAUAAUAAUGGUCCUAUACAACCAGGAGAGCACACACUUUUGUUUAAGUAUUCUGGAAAGAUUCGAUCCUCACGUGGUCUAAUAAAAGCUUUAUAUGAAUACCAAGACAUUAAAGAAUAUGUUUAUGUCACGGAUUUGGAACCGAACAGGGCCAGACGAGUAUUUCCCUGCUUUGACGAACCUGCGUUUAAAGCUAAGUACCAUAUUAAGCUGGUAUCACCAAACGAGACUUAUGUGGCUAUUUCAAAUAUGCCUGAAAUUAAUAAAUUCCGUACCUCGUAUGGAAUUGUCCAUGAAUUUGCACCCUCGGUUCCGAUGUCGACAUACCUGGUAUCUUUUGCUUUUACUAAUUUUCCUAACUACAGUGAAAUUUUUGAAUAUCAAGGAAGACAGAUACCAAUAAGAAUAUUCACGGUCAACGCUAGUAAAGAAAAUAACGAAUUUGCUAUACAAUGUGUCAAAACUGCAUUGACAUUUUAUUCGGAUUAUACCGAUAUUAGCUAUCCACUACCAAAAUUAGAUAUGAUUGAAUACAAACGAGAGGAAAGUGCAGCUACAGAAAAUUGGGGUUUAAUUACUUUUAGGCAGGGUCUUCUUACUACGCCAUUGCAUAUUUACAGCAAAUUUCAGAUAAAACUGGUGGCGUUCCACGAACUAAGUCAUUUUUGGUUUGGUAAUUUGGUAACAAACGCAUGGUGGAAUGAUAUCUGGCUACAAGAAGGAUUUGCAACUUAUAUGAGCUAUAAAUUAUCAGCACGAGACAAUAAUAAUACUCAGCUUGGUGAGAUGAAGUCUUAUAACUUUAACGAAUUUUUUGAAACAGAAAUUUAUGAAAAGAGCCAGCCAAUCGUUCAAUAUUUACCAGAACAAAGUAAAAUUGCUGACGUUUUUAACGGUCUCGUGUACGAAAAGGCUUCAGCAAUUCUUUUAAUGUUGGAGGAUCAAAUUGGUCAUGAAAAAUUCAGAGAAAUAAUAAGGAAGUUUUUAAAGAAACACGCCUAUCAUACAGCCACUACGAAUGAUUUUAUUACAGUCGUAGAAGAAGUAGUGUCAGAUAUACCUCUAAGAACAUUUUUGGAGAGUUAUUUGUACCAAAAUAAAUUUCCAGUUCUCAACGUCGAUAUUGUAGAUAACUCGACGUACGUUGUAACACAACAAAUUUGUGAGACGGUUCAGCAAGAACCAAUUAGUUCUACUAAAUGGACGAUUCCAAUCAGUUACCAAACUGAUAAUUCUAAUGAGUCAAAACGUAUAUGGUUUCACAGAGAAAUGGAUGAAUUAAGACUUGAGGAACCCGAUGCAAAAUGGAUUAUUUUUAAUCCCAAGGGGAACCAAAUGUAUAAAGCUAUAUGGUCGACAAAUCUAUGGAACAAAAUCAUCAGCAACUUUGAAUUAAUGGAUUAUUCUACCACAGACACGGUUAUUUCGGAUGCCUAUUACUCGUUUAGAUUCAAUAAAAUCAAAUGUGAAAUAGUAAUACACUUGAUGGAACGAUUAGGAGCAGAACACAAGAGAAAGUGGAUACUUUUCUACGGAUUUUACGAUCACCUUAAAGAAAACCUCUUUUGUCAUAAGUACACUGAAGAAGCAACACUUUUCUGGAAAUUCCUAAAGAGAAGAUUUUCUGAAACAAACUAUCAAAAAACGCCUAAAUUAAGAAAACCAGAAUCAUGCGAUAAUCAAUAUAUAAUCCAAAAUGAAGACUACCGAAAAAAUUUAAACCAGUGUGCGACAUGGAUUAGAGAAAAUCUAAAAGAAAAAGAUUCGAACGCAAUCAAGACAAGUCUUUGACAUUUGUAUUAUAAGUAUUUGUAUAUUUAAUAAAAAAAAAU